AUGGCUGCAUGGGUUGCUCGCGACGGUAAAAAACUAUAUGAUGCUGCGGUCGUAAAUUUGGGAAACCUACACAUACUCCCCAGCUCCACGGUGAAGCUGGCGUUGAACUCUACAUUCAAGACGAGCUUCAGACAUGCUAUCACCGGAGGCGGGACUAGCGGAAGCUUCGGUGUACCGGUAGAGAAAGACGAUAAACGACCUGCUCUCGACCUGGGUGCUUUAGACUCGUACGCGCUGGAACGUUGGGAGACCAUUCUCCAUUAUAUGGUUUCAUCUGGCUCCGGCCAAUAUCCAUCCAAACCUUCGCAGGGCGUCCUCUAUCUUCUUCAACGCAGUGGCUUAAUGGCAAACAUACAUGGGGCGUUACAGAUAACCUCGUUCGGAUUCCAGUUCCUACUUUACUCCCCACACGAACAACUGUGGAAUCUCUUGCUCCAGUAUUUGCACAUGGCCGAAGAGCGUCAAAUGGACUUGGUAGAAGUCCUCAGCUUCUUGUUCAUGUUGUCAACCAUGGAACUAGGAAGGGAAUACUCGACGGAACACCUAAGUGAGACCCAAAAGGCGAUGCUAGAAGACCUCCGCGAUUACGGCUUGAUUUGGCAGCGUAAGCCUAAUUCACGGCGAUUCAACCCUACUCGCCUUGCAACAACUCUAACUUCUUCAUCCCCUCCGCUGCCGACUUCGACAACCACAAGCUCUGGUCCCGCUGAAGGAUUCAUCAUCCUUGAGACGAACUAUCGGUUGUAUGCUUAUACCGAUAACCCUCUUCAAACCGCGGUGCUCAAUCUAUUCGUGACUCUCAAGUACCGCUUCCCCAAUCUCGUGGUUGGUACAAUUACCCGAGACAGCGUGAAGAAGGCGCUACAAAGUGGAAUCUCUUCUGACCAGAUUAUCAGCUACUUGUCCACUCAUGCCCACCCUCAAAUGCGAAAGAAUAAUCCGCUUCUCCCUGUGACUGUACAAGACCAAAUACGCCUCUGGGAAUUGGAGAAGAACCGCCUGAAAUCACAAGAAGGCUACCUGUAUACAGCAUUUGCAUCACAAGCCGACUACGAACUAGUCUUAAAUUACGCCAAACAGCUCAACACUGUUCUAUGGGAGAACACGGCCAAGCGCUGUUUCUUUGGCAGUUUGGACGGACAUGCCAAUAUCAGGGGCUUCAUUGAACGGAGGACGGGCGCCACGGGAUAG